AGAUAAAUUUUUAUCGUCAACUUUAAUAAUAAAAAUGUGGAUUUAAAAAUAGAAUUUAUUUUUCCAUUUGAUCUUCGCAAAAUAAUUCAGAUUUGAGAGUUUCGGAUUGAUCAACAUAAAUAAGAAGAAAUUACGUCUUCACGAAGAUAGCGAUGUGAUUAAUGCUCAGUCAGAGUUGCGAUAAUUGAUUAGCUUUGAUCGGCGCAAAUAUUGUCGGUUUAUCGAUUUCACAUCGAUUCGCAUAUCAGUUAUGCUACGCUGUCCGCUAAGUGGAGGUGGCCGCAGUAAGGGAAUUGUUUUUCCAACGCGAGACUUUUUUUUAGUUGACAUUCAAUCGUGAGGAAAGAUUGAUAGCUCGUUUGUAAUUGUCUCGGCAAUCAGUGGAAAUUCGAUGGCUGACCACGCUGACCAUAUGAUGAACACCUCAGGGAGUCAUGGGGGACAUCAUAUGGUAGAUCACGCCAAUGAAAACCACCACAUGGACAGGGGCGCCAUGGCACACGAUAUGAUGGACCACAGUGCAAUGGGACACACUGGGAUGGAUCAUGCAUCCAUGGGGCAUUCAGCUGGGGCAGCAGCUCCGGCUUGCAGUGGACAUGGGAUGCACGGCAUGAUGUCGAUGGCUUUUCACGGUGGCUACUGUGAGACCGUUCUCUUCGACACAUGGAAAAUCUCCUCGAUGGGUGGCCUGAUCGGUUCAAUGAUUGGAAUUAUAAUCAUGGCAGCAUUAUACGAGGGGCUUAAAUACUACCGAGAGUACCUCUUCUGGAAAACGUACAAUGCCCUGCAGUACAGGAGUGUGUCGAUGCCAGCUGAGAAGAACGUCGUGGCCGAGGAUAAUCGCGUAGUCCACAUGGUCGGCGAAGUUAUCCAUAAACAACCACCGACGAUGAUUUCUCAAAUGCAUUUCUUCCAAACAUUUCUACAUAUCGUACAAAUAGUUCUGUCCUACUUCCUCAUGCUGAUCUUCAUGACGUACAACACGUGGCUCUGCUCAGCAGUGGUUCUGGGUGCAGCCAUAGGCUAUUUCCUCUUUGGCUGGAAAAAAUCAGUGAUUGUAGAUGUGACAGAGCAUUGUCAUUAAUUAAGUCCCGGUGCUGCCACCGCACACAGCUCAUUAGGCUCAUUUAAAUAUCUUGGACGUCUCAAAUAAUGCGAAGAAAAGACUCAUCCCCAGAUUGCUUAAGAGGCAGCAAACGAAUAUUUCAAUGAAUGAAGAUCAUGGCACUUGGUCCAUGGGACUCACUAAAAUUAUGAAUAUAUUUUUUUAAACAAUAAUUGAUUGAUUGAUAACAUCAAUAUUGAGCAGUAUUUUUACACAUCAAGUAGCCGACAUUUCCUACUGAUAAUUUUUUCCACUUUUUACGUUUAAAAUUGAAGAGUGAUGGGGUCUUUGUCAUUUAUUGGAGCUAAUAAUUAAUUCUAUGAGGGCCGGAAUCUUAUAAAGAAAUAUCUAGUGAUAAAUCGAAUUCUGUAAAUACUGUUGAGCUUUGAGAAUGAUUAAAUAUUGGAUUAUUGAUGAGGUGAAUAGAGAAUUUGGAUAUCAAGUUCUGGAAUUUUGAGAGGGUUUUAAUGGUGAUAUUUUUGAAAAAUUGCUCGACAUCUGCCAGAGAUCGUGAAAUUUUUAUAGAACCCUUGAAAAUUCCUGCAAAAAUACAUGUAUGCAAGUCUCUAGUUAUGUUAAUGUUCUGAAAAUUUCGAAUAGGUAUUUGGUAAUUAUUACCUCUUUUGCUUUUAUAGUUGAAUUUUACGUUUCAAUCCGAAAAUGAUCGCACAGUGGUUGCACCGCGGAUAAAAUAUAAUUUCCAAGAGCUAAUGAAUGGUAAUCACGAUAUUUUUUGUUCAACUGUGGAGUGAAGGAGUGAUUGUGAUUUUUGGAGGAAGCUUCAGGGGCUGCGAGACAGAUUUCUCGAAAUUUCUCUCUGGUGUUGAUAGUUUUGGUGAUGCAUGCGAAUCAAUUCAUUUAUGAAAUGAUGGCGCAACUAAUAUUUCGGUCGUGGAUCACUUCAGAAUUUAUCUAAACCCCCAGUUUUCAUUUGAUUAAGUUAUUUCACCGUUCUAUUAGUUCUACAUACUUUUGGUUAAGAAUGUAAAUUCAUCAGUUUUAAUUAGGGUACAUUAGUGCCUAGUGUAGAUACGAGACAAUACAUUAUUUCGUUUUUCAAAGAA